GGAAGCGGGGGCGGUGGGAGGGGUAGAACGCGUAGGUCCCGCUCACGACUCCGCAGCUGCUGCAGUCGCCGCAGCAUCGGGACCAGUCGCACAGUCCAGGCAGCUGUCUUUUUCGCCUUUUCCGCGCGGGUGUUCGAGCAGCGCCCAAUACGCUUCAGCACCUCGGACAGCACCCGCCGCGCUCGCCCUGGGCUCCUGAAGAAUCCGCGGGUGCUUGACCGCGCGGGGGCCCGGGGGUCCGUACAUCGCGAGGUGGUCGCGCUCGCGCAACCCAGAACCAGGCCCGCUGUGCCCGAGGCUCAUGAGCACCAUGCACCUGCUGACAUUCGCCCUGCUUUUCUCCUGCUCCUUCGCCCGCGCUGCCUGCGACCCCAAGAUUGUCAACAUCGGCGCGGUGCUGAGCACGCGCAAGCACGAGCAGAUGUUCCGCGAGGCAGUAAACCAGGCCAAUAAGCGACACGGCUCUUGGAAGAUACAGCUCAACGCCACUUCUGUCACCCACAAGCCCAACGCCAUACAGAUGGCCCUGUCAGUGUGUGAGGACCUCAUCUCUAGCCAGGUCUACGCUAUCCUAGUUAGUCACCCGCCUACUCCCAACGACCACUUCACUCCCACCCCUGUCUCCUACACAGCUGGCUUCUACAGAAUCCCCGUCCUGGGGCUGACUACCCGAAUGUCCAUCUACUCUGACAAGAGCAUCCACCUGAGCUUCCUUCGCACCGUACCACCCUACUCCCACCAGUCCAGCGUCUGGUUUGAGAUGAUGCGCGUCUACAACUGGAACCAUAUCAUCCUGCUGGUCAGCGAUGACCACGAGGGCCGGGCAGCGCAGAAGCGCCUGGAGACGUUGCUGGAGGAGCGUGAGUCCAAGAGUAAAAAAAGGAACUAUGAAAACCUCGACCAACUGUCCUAUGACAACAAGCGCGGACCCAAGGCAGAGAAGGUGCUGCAGUUUGACCCAGGAACCAAGAAUGUGACGGCUCUGCUGAUGGAAGCCCGGGACCUGGAAGCCCGGGUCAUCAUCCUUUCUGCAAGCGAGGACGACGCUGCCACCGUAUACCGCGCAGCCGCGAUGCUGAACAUGACUGGCUCUGGGUACGUGUGGCUCGUCGGGGAGCGCGAGAUCUCUGGGAAUGCCCUGCGCUACGCUCCUGACGGCAUCAUCGGACUUCAGCUAAUCAACGGCAAGAACGAGUCGGCCCACAUCAGUGACGCUGUGGGCGUGGUGGCACAGGCAGUCCACGAGCUCCUAGAAAAGGAGAACAUCACUGAUCCACCGCGGGGUUGCGUGGGCAACACCAACAUCUGGAAGACAGGACCACUGUUCAAGAGGGUGCUGAUGUCUUCCAAGUAUGCAGAUGGAGUGACUGGCCGUGUGGAAUUCAAUGAGGAUGGGGACCGGAAGUUUGCCAACUAUAGUAUCAUGAACCUGCAGAACCGCAAGCUGGUGCAAGUGGGCAUCUACAAUGGUACCCAUGUCAUCCCAAAUGACAGGAAGAUCAUCUGGCCAGGAGGAGAGACAGAGAAGCCUCGAGGAUACCAGAUGUCCACCAGACUAAAGAUAGUGACAAUCCACCAAGAACCCUUCGUGUAUGUCAAGCCCACAAUGAGUGAUGGCACAUGCAAAGAGGAGUUCACAGUCAAUGGUGACCCUGUCAAGAAGGUGAUCUGUACGGGGCCUAAUGACACAUCCCCAGGAAGCCCACGUCACACAGUGCCCCAGUGCUGUUAUGGCUUCUGCGUUGACCUGCUCAUCAAGCUGGCACGGACCAUGAAUUUUACCUACGAGGUGCACCUUGUGGCAGAUGGCAAGUUUGGCACACAGGAGCGGGUAAACAACAGCAACAAAAAGGAGUGGAACGGAAUGAUGGGAGAGCUGCUCAGUGGUCAAGCAGACAUGAUCGUGGCUCCACUGACCAUUAACAAUGAGCGUGCGCAGUACAUAGAGUUCUCCAAGCCCUUCAAGUACCAGGGCCUGACCAUUCUGGUCAAGAAGGAGAUCCCUCGGAGCACACUGGACUCAUUCAUGCAGCCCUUUCAGAGCACACUGUGGCUGCUGGUGGGGCUGUCAGUUCAUGUGGUGGCCGUGAUGCUGUACCUGCUGGACCGCUUCAGUCCCUUUGGCCGAUUUAAGGUGAACAGCGAGGAGGAGGAGGAGGAUGCACUGACCCUGUCCUCUGCCAUGUGGUUUUCCUGGGGCGUCCUGCUCAACUCUGGCAUUGGGGAAGGUGCCCCCCGGAGUUUCUCUGCUCGUAUCCUAGGCAUGGUGUGGGCUGGUUUUGCCAUGAUCAUCGUGGCUUCCUACACUGCCAACCUGGCAGCCUUCCUGGUGCUGGAUAGGCCUGAGGAGCGCAUCACAGGCAUCAAUGACCCCAGGCUCAGAAACCCCUCAGACAAGUUCAUCUAUGCAACUGUAAAACAGAGCUCUGUGGAUAUCUACUUCCGGAGGCAGGUGGAGUUGAGCACCAUGUACCGGCACAUGGAGAAGCACAAUUAUGAGAGUGCAGCUGAGGCCAUCCAGGCUGUGCGGGACAACAAGCUCCAUGCCUUCAUCUGGGACUCAGCUGUGCUGGAGUUUGAGGCUUCACAGAAGUGCGAUCUGGUGACCACGGGUGAGCUGUUCUUCCGCUCCGGCUUUGGCAUCGGCAUGCGCAAGGACAGCCCCUGGAAGCAAAAUGUGUCCCUGUCCAUACUCAAGUCCCAUGAGAAUGGCUUCAUGGAAGACCUGGAUAAGACAUGGGUUCGGUAUCAAGAAUGUGACUCCCGCAGCAAUGCCCCUGCCACCCUCACUUUUGAGAACAUGGCAGGGGUCUUCAUGCUGGUGGCUGGAGGCAUCGUAGCUGGGAUCUUCCUCAUUUUCAUCGAGAUCGCCUACAAGCGACACAAGGAUGCCCGUAGGAAGCAGAUGCAGCUGGCUUUUGCAGCCGUGAACGUGUGGAGGAAGAACCUGCAGGAUAGAAAGAGUGGUAGAGCAGAGCCCGACCCUAAAAAGAAAGCCACAUUUAGGGCUAUCACCUCCACCCUGGCCUCCAGCUUCAAGAGACGUAGGUCCUCCAAAGACACGAGCACCGGGGGUGGACGCGGCGCUUUGCAAAACCAAAAAGACACAGUGCUGCCGCGACGCGCUAUUGAGAGGGAGGAGGGCCAGCUGCAGCUGUGUUCCCGUCAUAGGGAGAGCUGAGACGCCCCGCCCGCCCUCCUCUGCCCCUCCCCCGCAGACAGACGCACGGGACAGCGGCCUGGCCCACGCAGAGCCCCGGAGCACGACGGGGUCGGGGGAGGAGCACCCCCAGCCUCCCCCAGGCCGUGCCCGCCUGCCCGCCGGUCGGCCGGCUGGCCGGUCCACCCUGUCCCGGCCCCGCGCGUGCCCCCGACGUCGGAGCUAACGGGCCGCCUUGUCUGUGUAUUUCUAUUUUACAGCAGUACCAUCCCACUGAUAUCACGGGCCCGCUCAACCUCUCAGAUCCCUCGGUCAGCACCGUGGUGUGAGGCCCCCGGAGGCGCCCACCUGCCCAGUUAGCCCGGCCAAGGACACUGAUGAGUCCUGCUGCUCGGGAAGGCCUGAGGGAAGCCCACCCGCCCCAGAGACUGCCCACCCUGGGCCUCCCGUCCUCCUGCUCUGCUGCCUGGCGGGCAGCCCCUGCAGGACCAAGGUGCGGACCAGAGCGGCUGAGGAUGGGCCAGAGCUGAGCCGGCUGGGCAGGGCCACAGGGCGCUCCGGCAGAGGCAGGGCCCUGAGGUCUCUGAGCAGUGGGGUGAGGGGCCUAAGUGGCCCCGGUCGGAGGAGCCUGGAGCAGAAAUGGCAGCCCCAUCCUUCCUCCAGCCACUACCCCAAGCUACAGUGGGGGCCCAUGGCCCCAGCUUGCUAGGUCACCCUCCACCCCUCCUCCAGCGCCUGCUCUCUGCAACCUGACUUCCACCUCUAUCUCUCUUUCUCUCCUGCUGCACAAUCCUCCCACGACCCUUCCCACCCCAUUCACUGGGCUGGCUCCGACCUUUCCCAGGGCUAGCCUUCACUGCCCUAGUGGCAGCGCUUCCCAGGGGUGCUCUCUGGCUCCCAGAUGUCUAGGGCUCCAGACUCCAAGAGGGCUGAGCCUUCUCUUCUGUCUGCAGCCACAAUAGGCUUCCUCAGACGCUGGCUUGAGAGGAGCCCCGCACCUUGGGCACCAGGGAGUGCCAUCCGCCUCCCAGUCCGGUGUCACUCACCCAACCUUGUACAUGACUAGCUCUCCCAGUGUCCAAGCGCGUGCCUUCCCCGAGCCACUGGGGCGCAGCAGCGCGCUGCCCCUCUGCCCCAGGGACACCGGGCGCGCAUAACCACCCCUAAUCCCGGUAUUCAGUGGUGAUGCCUAAAGGAAUGUCAGAAAA